UUGCCAGGAGCCUCGGGGGACCAGCAUGAGCUCAAGGGUCUGCAUACUAAGAGCCCUCCUCUUCCUCAUGGAUGUUGGAGGAGCUCAAGUGUUGGCAACAGGCAAGCCUGCUGGGGCUGAAAUCGAUUUCAAAUAUGCCCUCAUUGGGACUGCUUUGGGCAUCGCCAUCUCUGCAGUUUUCCUGGCCCUGAAGAUCUGUAUGAUCCGGAAGCACUUGUCUGACAAUGACUCUUCAGACCAGAGGAGCGUCCCCCUAGGCUUCAGUGACCCCAUGGUGCGGAAGAAGAUGGCCUCACGAGAAGCCCAGGUGAUUGAGCUGUGAGCAGCCAGCUGCAUCAGAAGAGGUUCAGCUGUCUAGGAAACCAACUACCCACAGUUAUAGCCAUAGAGUGCUUUGGAUUUCAACACGCAAGACUGCUGACGGACCUUCACGUGGAUUCAGCAUGGAGCAAAUAUGAGAGUCGGCAGCUCGUGCAUCUGCCCGGAGGGAAAAUGUCAGUCCUCUUCUGCAAGAACUUCUGUACAGAAGGAGCCUGCCAGUUAGCAGGAGGGAAAGGGGAGACCAUGAUCCAUAUUUGCCUGGCUGGAGUCACCAUGUGAGAGCUGUCUUUGUUACUUCCACGGCAUUGUGGCCAUAUUAGCCAAGUCCACCUGCAGCUAGUGCUUGCAGAAUGGCAACGAAACCUCAGCACUGCUGUCUUACAACAAAACAGUUUGGCAUUUCUGCCCUCACAUCCUCGGCUGCCGGAAGAAUCUCACAGUAAAGAAACGUGGUGAGGGUGUCGGUGGGGGGUGGACAGCGCCCGUGCUAUCAAUGGAAGGCUGACUUUCGGAGGGGGACACGGUGGCCUUGGUUGAAUGAGAGAG